UAAGAGAUACACAAACUCCGACGCAGUCCCCAAUAAGAACUCUAGUUCUGUCGACAAGAUUCUCACCACGUGAGAAGACAGUUAAAUCGCUUGUUGAGCCGCUGUCACGCGCGGCAAAAAUAAAAUGGACCCGGACCAUGGAUCAAAUAUUAUUCGACGCUUUGCUUGAACAGAUAUCUCUAGGCCGGAAAGCAGAUAAUGGUUUUAAGAAGGAGGCAUAUAAUGAGGCUGCUGCGGAGGUGUCUAGGAGGACCGAAAUUACGGUGAACUGACAAAAUGUUCAAAACCGAAUGCGUUAUCACAAGCGUGAGUACAACGAUCUGAAGGACAUGUUGGCCACAAGUGGUUUCGGUUGGGCCAGCGAGCGUAUGGUAGUAACCGCACCUGACGAGGUCCGGGAUGAGUACCUGAAGUCGCAUCCAAGAGCAGAAAGGUUACGUGGAAAGCAGAUUGAGCGAAUGGGCGAUUUAGCGGUGAUUGUUGGUUCGGACCAUGCAACAGGCUGCUACGUUCAAGGAAGCAAAAACAUGGCUGCGUCUUCCUCUCGUAUUCAGCGAGAUUUGAAUGAUGCUUGGGUUGAGCUGGACGAUGAGACGGAUGUACCUAUUGAUCUUUCCGAGGAUCAUCUCAGAGAUUCGACUGGGAAUUAUGAUUUUUCAAAUGAUCCAAUCCAGGCAACAGAAAAUCGUUCAUUCUGCAACACUCCUAACCGAGCGACUGACUCUAAGAGUAGUCGUGGUGGGAGUGCGUCUACGAAACGGAUGCGUACUGCUCGUCCCUGUGACGUCCAUGGCAGUUCCCUGGAUGGUGUGGCGAAGGCAAUGUGAAACUUUAGACUUGGAAAAGAGGUAAACCGCACUAGUAAAGUGCUGGAGGUCCUCGAGGAGGUUCAGGGACUGACCAACACAGAGUUUAUAGAGGUUGGUCGGAGGCUAACUUGGGAUAAGCAGCUAGCAUCCUUUUUCAUAAGUCUUCGCCCGGAGCGGAGGGCCGAUUGGUUGAAAAGAACCUUGUCUGAUAUGAAUGGAGGGAUUGGUGGGGGUUCUUCUUGAUGGAUUAAAAUACGUUUAUUAUGCAUUGAAAUGGGAAUAUCUUUUUAGUGGUUUUGUAAUAACUAUAUACUGAUUUGUGGAGGAACAGUUAUCUUUUUUUGGUGUAUGUUUUUCCGUUUUAAAUGUUGGUUGAAUACUUAUAAACUUUACCAUUUUACUUGCGUUUACAUAUUUAUAAUGUUGAUUAAAUGUCAUUUUAUCAAUCUAUCAUCUUUACAUGCUUUUGUUAUAUGAAUAUUAUAACAUGCAUUUUCUCCUAUCCUCGUCAUAUUUAUGUGAAUGCAAAUGGGUAACAGUAAAUACUAUGUUGUAAUCAAUGGACGACGCCUGGGGAUAUAUAUGUCCUGGGAUGAUGCACGACUACAUGUAGAGGGAUUCAGCGGUGCCAGACAUCGAUCAUUUAAAACAUUCCAAGAUGCGACCACAUGGUGGAAUGCAAACUAUACAAGUUCAAGUAGUUGAUUAAUUAAUAGGCGAUGUGCUGACAUACAUUCACCUACAGAUGCUCGAAAUUCUAUCCGAGAAAUUUCGAGAUCCAUGGUGUGCAAGAGUACACAAACAGAUGAUGUCACCCUCAAAGUCGGGGAAGCAGUGGCAGCAUUAGUAGUUGCAAUCAUGGUGUUAUUCUUCAUAUUAUAUAUAAUAAUUAAGUUGUAGUUUUGGAUGGUGCUAAUCUAAUAUGUUGUUUAAAUUUUGGUAGACAAUAGAUAACUAAUCCUCGAACGCUUUGAUAUGGCAUGUAUAACUGCAUCUUAACCACAAAUAUCAUUAUAUGUAGAUUUGAAUGUAAAUUGCAAUAGAAGUGUAUGUAUUCAUCCUUUCUUUUAUCCAUAUCUCUCUUAAUCUCUAUUAGUAUGAAUUUCCUUACAAAUGAAGUCCAGCCUUUUGAACCUAGUUUCCUAAGGGCCAGGUAUGACUACUUGAAACCCGGAUUAGAUUA